AUGACCACCCAAGAAGCCGCGCCUCUCCCCGCGCACCUCGACCCAACCACCUACCCCCGCACGCAACACAACGCCGAGCAGAACAUCCACCUAACCCUCACCUACACGCCCCUAGACCCAACCAUCUCCCUCUCGCAAACCGCCUCCCCCGCCGCAGGCGCCAACGUCCUCUUCCUCGGCACAACGCGCGACACCUUCGACGGCCGCGCCGUGUCGCAGCUCAGCUACACAGCAUACCCGCCGCUGGCGUUCAAGACCCUAGCGGGCAUUGCGGAGGCGGCUGUCGCGACACACCAGCUGCUCGGGGUCAGUAUUGCGCACCGGUUGGGCACGGUGCCGAUCGGGGAGGCGUCGAUUACGAUUGCGGUGAGUGCGGGCCAUCGCGCGGCGGCGUGGAGGGCUGGCGAGGAGGUGCUGGAGGCUUGUAAGGCUAAGGCGGAGAUUUGGAAGCGGGAGGAGUUUGUUGAUGGGGGGAUGGAGUGGAGAGCCAAUGCUGAUCGUGAUUCUGAGGGGAAUCUGGUCAAGAAGGAGGGUUCUUAG